CGUCUUUCCUCCGUGUUUCCGGUGUUAUGGCCGCUCGCAGGCGGAGGGGCAGUGAUGUGGUGUGGGGUUAACUGGACGUGACCGUGUACCUGUAGGCAGGGGGGGGUUCGGGUGAUGGCGGUCACGCAGCUCUUUCGGCUGGCCGUCUGUAGGUCGACGGCCGGUGCCACGCUCCGCGCGCACAGGAGGUACAGCAAGCUGCAGGUAUCGCCAGCUUUAUCUGAGCGACUGCGAUUGUUUGAAUCUCUCAGGGAAAGACGCAGCGAUAAGAGGCAGGCCGACGCGUCGGAAAAGCCCCUCAGCGUCCGACUGGCUGACGGACGGACGAUAAAAGGAACGGCUGGCGUCACCACGCCGCUUUCUGUUGCUCAGAGCGUGCGGGUGAAAGGAGCACUGGUGAGCAGAGUGAACGGCGAGCUGUGGGAGCUCGGGCGACCUCUCACCUCAGACUGUGAAGUACAACUUCUCGGGUUUGACACAGUUGAAGGGAAACUGACGGCGUGGAGGACGGGAGCGUGCGUCCUGGCGGCUGUGCUGGAGGGCGUCUUCGGUGCCGAGGUGUGCAGAGAAGGAGCGUCGGAGCUCGGACUCUUCUGCGACUACCUGCUGGACAACAGCUGCUUUUCUCUGGCUGACGUUGAGGAGAAGUGCAGAGAGACGGCGGCCCAGAAGCUUCCUCUGUCCAGACUGGAGCUGAAUGUCCAAGAGGUCCAAGAGCUGUUCCAGAGCUCCAGUCUGAGGCUGCGGCUUGUUGAAGAGCAGAUCAGUGACUCCACUGUCACAGUAUACAGGUGUGGAGACAGCGUAGCGGUGUGUAACGGGCCGGUCCUCCCACACACAGGCCUCCUCAAGGUCUUCAAGCUGCAGCAGCUGUCCUCCGUCACCCUGAGCAAUGAGACGGACUCCUCGGGUUUGACACGUCUGCUCGGAGUGGCCUUUCCAGGAGAGAAGGACAGGCAGGAGUGGGAGAACGAGCAGGAGGAGGCGAGGAGGAGGGACCACAGACGCAUCGGACAGGACCAGGAGCUGUUCUUCUUCAAUGAAGUCAGCCCAGGCAGCUGCUUCUUCCUGCCUAAAGGAGCCCACAUCUACAACACUCUGACCGACUUCAUCAAGAGUGAAUACCGACGGCGAGGCUUCACCGAGGUCGUGACCCCGACCCUCUACAGCACUGCAUUAUGGGAGCGCUCGGGCCACUGGGAGCACUACAGCGAGAACAUGUUCACGGUGACGUCGGAGGGCUCCCAGACCUACGCUCUCAAACCCAUGAACUGCCCGGCUCACUGUCUCAUGUUCGAGCAGCGCGUUCGCUCCUGGAGGGAGCUUCCUCUGCGGUGGGCCGACUUCGGCGCGCUGCAUCGGAACGAGCUCUCCGGCGCCCUGGGCGGCCUCACCCGCGUUCGCCGCUUCUGCCAGGACGACGCGCACAUCUUCUGUGCACCUGAGCAGCUAGAGGAAGAGAUUGUGGCUUGUUUGGACUUCGUGAGGAAAGUUUAUCGAGUGUUUGGGUUUUCCUUCCACUGCCUGCUGUCGACGCGGCCCACGCCGUGCCUCGGGGAGCCCGAACAGUGGGACGACGCCGAGCAGCAGCUGGAGAGGAGUCUGCAGCAGUUUGGCGAGCGCUGGGAAUUGAACCCCGGAGACGGAGCUUUCUACGGACCGAAGAUCGACAUCCAGAUCAAAGAUGCCAUUGGCCGCCAGCACCAGUGUGCCACCAUCCAGCUGGACUUCCAGCUGCCCAUCAGAUUCGACCUGCAGUACGUCGGCCGUGACGGACAGCUGCACCGGCCGGUGAUGGUGCACAGAGCCGUGCUGGGCUCGCUGGAGAGGAUGAUCGCCAUACUGGCUGAAAACUUUGGUGGAAAGUGGCCGCUGUGGCUGUCUCCCUCUCAGGUCAUGGUUAUUCCUGUGGGGGGCAACAACGAGUCGUACGGCAGAGAGGUGGUCCGCCGGUUCCACGAAGGGGGCUUCAUGGUCGAUUUGAACGCCGAUCACGGCGCCACCUUAAAUAAGAAGAUCCGCUCUGCUCAGCUGGCCCAGUACAACUACAUAUUAGUGGUGGGGGACAAGGAGUGCGAGAGCGGCACUGUGAGCGUGAGGAGCAGAGCGGGCAAGCAGCUGGGGAGGAGGCCGACGGAGGAGGUGCUGACGGCCCUCACACAGCUGCGAGACUCCAGGAGCAACCUGGACCAGUUCUGACGAAGAAAUAAUGGGCUCUGUUUAUUUUUUAAUGUGAAACUCGGUUACGUUUUUUUGUGUUUUCAGAAGAAUGUCUGGUAUAAUUGAAUAAAAGUAUUUAAAAGGA